UCCAAACAAGAGGAAUUCAGGAAAUAUCUAGAAGAGAAUGGAGUGGUUGACACGUUAACAAAAAUACUUGUCUGUCUGUACGAGGAACCAGACAAGCCGAAAGACGCUAUUGGGUUUAUCAAGCAACACAUCGGCAUAACAGGACCUGACACUGCUGACAUCAAAGCGCUUCAACUUGAAAUAAGUGAAUUAAGAAACAAGGUUGAGGAAUUAAUUGAGGAAAAUUGUUCAUUAAAAUCCAAGGUAACUUGUUAA